CUCUCCCCAGGUCUGUCGUCUCAUUCUCUCUCGGUUCUUAAACCUUCCCAUUUCGCUCCCUUUGUUCUUCUCCGAGAUCUAAACCACUAUGGCCAGCUCCUUCUUCCGGCGACUCGCCAGGUCUGCUCAGAUUACAUUCCCCGUCUCAUUCGGAUCCCAAAGCAAAUCUGGUCUUGGCACUUUCCGAUUCUCUGCCGGUGCGAUCGCGGCACUUUCCGGCGGGUUCUCCUAUUAUUACCUCACUUCCGGCAACAAUCUGGUCUAUCUGGAUCAAGCUAAGGAAGAGACAGGACCGAAAACAGCUCUAAACCCUGAUAAAUGGCUCGAGUUCAAGCUUCAAGACACUGCUACAGUUAGCCACAACACCAAGUUGUUCAGGUUCUCAUUUGACCCCUCAGCCAACUUGGGUCUACAUGUUGCUUCUUGUCUCUUGACAAGGGCUCCUUUGGGCUAUAAUGCUGAAGGGAAAACAAAAUAUGUCAUUAGACCGUAAGUUCAGCUAGAAACUUCUCACUGGCUUUGCAUUGUAUUUCAUGUAUAUCCAGACGGAAAAAUGAGUCAGCAUUUUGCCAGCUUAAAACCGGGGGAUGUGUUGGAAGUGAAAGGACCCAUUGAAAAGUUCAAAUAUUCGCCUAAUAUGAAGAAACAUAUUGGCAUGAUUGCUGGUGGAAGUGGGAUAACUCCAAUGCUUCAGGUGAUCGAUGCUGUUAUGAAGAAUCCCGAGGACAACACGCAGAUAACAUUGCUUUAUGCCAAUGUUUCGCCGGAUGAUAUACUUCUCAAGCAAAAGCUCGAUGUACUUCAGGCUAACCACCCAAAUUUGAAGGUAUUCUAUACUGUUGACAAUCCUACUAAAAACUGGAAAGGAGGAGUAGGUUACAUUUCAAAAGAUAUGGCUCUGAAAGGCUUACCUCUUCCUGCAGACGACACACUUAUCCUUGUAUGUGGUCCUUCUGGGAUGAUGGAGCAUAUAUCCGGAGGCAAAGCUCCAGACUGGUCUCAAGGAGAGGUCAAGGGGAUACUCAAGGAACUCGGAUACACAGAGCAGAUGGUAUUCAAAUUCUGAGAGAAGUUGAGAAUCAGAACCCCAUAGUUUCGGCACUCGACAAAGGUUUUAUUUCAUGUAAUAAAAGUGGCCUCAAGCGAACAUUAAUUGACGCAGAAUGAGGAGAGAUGAAUUUGUGCAUUUGCAUUCAUGUGAUGUACGUGGAGAAAGAUCCGAUCGCAAACAGCAAGAAUUUCUCAAGUUUGCUUAUUUUUGGAUUUGUGACAGAAUAUAAAAGCUUGUCAAUGGGAAUUCCUCUAACUGAAAGCCUGACUUGUUAAACCAUGGACGAUUAUUGCAAUAUGAUUUGGGACUACAGGUGUUGGGACUUAUA